GAUCCCAACACUUCUCAUCAUAUCUUCCAUCAAACUAAAUAAUAACCAGAGUUCCCCUUCCCGCUGGGGCUACAACCAUGGUCACUCACAACAACAACAUCAACAACAUCAACAACAACAACAGUUUGUACGUCGAACAAGGCGGACAUGGUGGAAAUGUUCACGAUUUCGACAAGAACCUCGACGACGAUGGCCGUGGCAAACGAACCGGGACGGCAAUGACGGCGAGCGCGCACAUAAUCACGGCGGUGAUAGGGUCAGGGGUGUUGUCGUUGGCAUGGGCGAUAGCGCAGCUUGGAUGGGCAAUUGGACCAGCUGUUCUAAUUGCUUUCUCAUUUAUCACAUACAUGACCUCUACUUUUUUGGCCGAUGCUUACCGCUCACCGGACCCUGUUACUGGCAAGAGAAACUACACUUAUAUGGAUGUUGUCCGUGCCAAUUUAGGUGGCAAGAAAGUCCAAUUAUGUGGCAUUGCUCAAUACAUCAAUUUGGUAGGCGUAUCAAUUGGAUACACAAUUACUGCCUCUAUAAGCAUGGUAGCGGUAAAAAGGUCAAACUGUUUCCACAAAUAUGGGCACAAUGUGAAGUGUAGCACAUCAAACACCCCGUUUAUGAUAAUAUUCGGGUGCAUCCAAAUAUUGCUUAGCCAAAUCCCCAACUUUCACGAGCUAUCUUGGCUUUCUAUGGUGGCAGCUGUUAUGUCCUUUACUUAUGCUUCUAUUGGCCUUGCUCUUUCCAUUGCUAGAGUUGCUGGUCACGGAAUGGGGAGGACAUCAUUGACAGGAGUAACGGUAGGAGUAGACGUGACACCCGCAGGAAAAGUGUGGGCGAGUUUCCAAGCUAUUGGCGAUAUUGCCUUUGCCUAUGCUUAUUCUAAUGUCCUCAUCGAAAUUCAGGACACACUAAAGUCAUCCCCUCCGGAAAACAAAGUAAUGAAGAAGGCAUCCUUGAUUGGAGUAUCCACAACCAGUCUUUUCUACAUCCUUUGUGGUUGUUUUGGAUAUGCGGCGUUUGGUAACAAAGCCCCUGGAAAUUUCCUGACUGGGUUUGGAUUUUAUGAGCCUUUCUGGCUCAUCGAUUUUGCCAAUAUUUGCAUUGCGAUUCAUCUAGUUGGUGCUUACCAGGUUUUCACACAGCCUGUAUUUAGCUUCGUGGAGAUAUGGUCGAAGAAGCAUUGGGCAGAAAACAAAUUCAUUACAAGGGAUCACCCAAUAGAGAUUCCAUUUGGAAAUGGAAUCUAUUACUUGAACUGGUUUAGGCUUGUAUGGAGGACAUCUUAUGUGAUAGUAACAGCAAUAUUAGCUAUGUUAUUCCCAUUCUUCAACGAUUUCUUAGGCUUACUAGGAUCACUAUCGUUUUGGCCAUUAACAGUCUUCUUUCCUGUUGAGAUGCACAUUUCACAAGCUAAGGUCCCCAAAUACUCAGCUAAGUGGAUUGCUCUCAAAAUGCUUAGCUUUGUCUGUCUCAUUGUGUCCUUGAUAGCUGCAGCAGGCUCUAUUCAGGGUCUUGUUGGUUCUGUCAAGAAAUACAAGCCGUUUCAAGCACAAGAUUAAAUACUCCUUUUCCUACUAUUUAGGUUGUUAUGCCCCAAAGCUGGCGCUGUUGACUGUUGUAAUAGACUGGUUGUUGUAACUUGUAAGCCUCCACCAUGAGUGCCUUUGUUCUGUAAUUAAUGCCAUGUGAUAAUCAAUGGCUGUUUUAAUGUCUCAA